CUUACUGCUUAAGUUUUUCUGUGUGCCACGGCCCUUAUUUCCAAACCAGGAAACAGAUAGAUUUUUAGUACUGGCAAUGGAUAUCGAAAUAUGUCCCAUGAAAAAUUACGAUAGUCCCGCUAUAACCGUCUACUUUCGUUGAGAUUAGGUUAGGUUACUCGUAUAAGGUAAACUGAAAAACGUUUCGAGGAAUUCUCUUGAUACUUUCACAAUGACUACACCUCCGAACUCUGGAUUAUCUUUUGGGACACCAAAAACAACAGAAGUCACUGGCUUGACAUUCGGUACUCCUAGCACUAUGACUUCUGGAACUGGCUUUGGUCUUGGUAGUAACACCAUUGCAACGACCACAUCUUUGUCUACACCAUCAAAUCUACCGAAUUUUGCUCUUGCAAGCAAUGUGACACCUACACCUGGAAUAGCGGGACUUUCCUUUGAUCCCACUAAAUCAUCUACAACUACAACAGUUGCCACAGGAUUUCCUCUUGCAACAACUACAACAGGAGGCUUUAAUUUUGGUGUUCCAUCAGCAAAACCUCUAACAGGAUCCACUGGUUUGACUUUUGGUACUCCAAAUCCUAUGGCUGCUGGAACUGGAUUUGGUCUGGGCAGCACAACUACAACUACAACAUCCAUAUCUACAGUGGUAACAGCCCCAAGCUUUAAUCUCACCAGCAGUACAGCACCAAAACCUGCAACAUCGGUACUUUCAUUCGAUGCCUCAAAAACUGGCACCACUACAGCUGCUUCCACAGGAUUCUCUCUUGCACCAACUACAAUUUGUGGAGGAUUUAGUUUCAUGGUUACCACUCCUGCGACUAUUUCAACAGCCUUUCCUUUGAGCAAAACAACUUCUGCUGCUAUUUCAACAAGUCUAACAGCGCCAGCCCCUCACACUUCUUUGGGAACCACAACUACUGUCAGUUCCGCAACUGGUAUUCAACCAGCUGCAAUUAAUUUCUGUCAACUCGAAGAGUCAAUUAACAAAUGGACCUUAGAAUUGGAGGAACAAGAGAAAGCCUUUGUGAAUCAAGCGACGCAAGUGAACGUUUGGGACAAAUUGCUGAUAACAAAUGGAGAAAAAAUAGUGAUAUUAAAUCAAGAGGUUGAAAGGGUGAAAUUUGAGCAGCAGCAAUUAGAGCAUGAAUUAGACUAUGUUAUUGGGCAGCAAAAGGAGCUACAAGAGUGCCUGGUACCAUUAGAGAAAGAACUGGCGUCGCUCUCUGUCUCGGAUCCCGACCGAGAAUACACGUACCGCUUGUCGGAAAACCUUGACACGCAAUUGAAGCGCAUGUCGGAGGAUCUGAAGGAAAUAAUAGAACACUUGAACGAAGCAAAUCGCGCUCAGGACUCUAGUGACCCUAUCGUCCAAAUCGGCAAGAUCUUGAACGCGCACAUGAAUAGUUUGCAAUGGCUGGAUCAACAGACGACUUUAUUGAAUCAGAAGAUACAGCAGAUCGACCAGAUGCAUCAGAACUUUAGGCAAGAGAGUGAACAGAAUCUGCAUCUAGCUUACAAUUAGUCAGUCACGUUCGUCGUAUCGUGUCCAGCGAUGCGAACACGCACGGACUCGUGAGAAUUGUUUUUCUUUUUCGAAAUUAGCUUAGUCAAUUUAAUGAGGAGAGUGAAUAGCGCGCAAAUGAACACAAAUGAAAUAAACGUAUAUUUUACAUUUCGG